AUGUCAUCCUCCGUACCCUCACAACCGCCCAAGGCCGAAGCCUACACGACGACUUCAAACCCGGCGACAGGCAACCCGGCCGAAAAGGCCGCGGCACAGCAAAGCGAGUCCAGCGCGCGCGACGCAGUCCUCGGCCGCGCCCCGAUCCCGCAGUCCCAGUCCCGGACGGCCGACGACGCGGUGCCCAGCUCCCUCGGUCAGGGCGUGCACUCGUCGGGUCCCGUCGACGCCACGGAGGAGCGCAACACGGCGUAUAGCAGCAGCGGCAACGACGACGGUCCCGAGAACCCGAACGUAGAGGCCGAGCAGAUGGAGACGUUGGCCGAGGGCAAGGUCGCGGACGCCGUGGAUCGCAAGAGCGGGGCGCAGAAGGCUCCCGGGCAGGAGGUGCAGUUUGACGACGAUGCCAGCGGGCUUGAGAGGAAGAAGAGAGAACAGCAAGAGGCCAGAGAGGCUGUGAAGGAGGCCAGGAGGGAGGGUGUUGAUGUCGAUGGCGGGUUUGGCAACAGGGGCUGGAAUGAAGAUAACCGGGAUGUCUGA